CUCCACGCAUAUCUUUUGGCAAAGUAGGGUUUCCACUGGGUGGCUUUUAUACAGGCGAUCGAAUAGCAAUAAGCCAUGGCUUCACCAGAGAGGGAUUGAGAGAGAGAGAGAGAGAGAGAGUGAGAGAGGAGAGAAGAGUGUGUUUUAGCUCAGGGCAACUCUGCAGGAACCGCACCCUAUUCCUCCAUAUAUGCCAUCCUUUUGUUCUUGAAUCUCGAUUCAGUUCUACAGCAGGAGAGAUAGAAAAUUAGAGAGAGAAAGAGAAAAGAAUGUUCCCGUCCAAGAAGCCAACUAUGAAUUCACAUGAGAGGCCUAUGUGUGUCCAAGGCGACUCCGGCCUUGUCCUCACCACCGAUCCCAAGCCCCGCCUUCGGUGGACCGUCGAGCUCCACGAUCGCUUUGUCGAUGCCGUCACCCAGCUCGGAGGACCCGACAAGGCCACACCAAAGACCAUCAUGAGAGUCAUGGGUGUUAAGGGUCUCACUCUCUACCACCUUAAGAGCCAUCUUCAGAAAUUCCGGCUCGGAAAGCAACCACACAAAGAAUUCAACGAUCAGUCUGCUAAGAACGCUGCCCUAGAACUACAAAGGAACUCGGCCUCUUCAUCGGCGAUAAUGGGUCGCAACAUGAACGACAGGAACAUGCACAUGAAUGAUGCAUUCCGGAUGCAGAUGGAAGUCCACAGAAGGCUGCACGAGCAAUUAGAGGUGCAGAAACACCUUCAGAUGCGGAUCGAGGCGCACGGGAAGUACAUGCAGAACAUAUUGGAGAGAGCGUACCAGACGCUCGCGGCCGAGAGCAUGGUUUCGGGUGGCUACAAAGGUCAAGCAAGUCGAGGAGUUCCCGACAUGGGUGCCGUGAAAGAAAUGGGUUCUCCAGUGAGCUACCCCUCUCUCCAAGACCUCCACAUAUACGGUGGGGAUCAGCUGGAGAUGCAGCACCAAAUGGAGAGGCCCCUCGACGGGUUGUUCCCCACCGACGACAGCAUUAUGAGCAAGAAGAGGUCUAAUCCGUACCAUUCCAACGGGAAGGGUCCAUUGAUUUGGGCUGACGACCUUCGCCUACAAGAACUGGGAUCGACUGCGGCAUGCAUCGUAUCACAGGAAGAACCACCACCAUCCAAGAGCGAGCAGCUUCGGAUAGCGUCGUCAGUGAUCGACACCGACAUCGAUUCGGAUUCCAUAGCAAAUGUUUACGAGGCCAAGCCUAUUCUCUCGAUGGACAGCUCUAGGGAGAAGAAGUACGAUGGAGGAACUUCCAAACUCGACAGGCCGUCUCCGAGAAGAGAUCCUCUUCCCAUGGAGAUGAUGAAUCCCAUGAUGACGGGCGGUGCAAUGCCCCAAGCAAGGAACUUGUCAUAUGGAUUUUGCUAAGAUGAUAGAUACAUCGGUAUUAUGCCAGUCGGAGAGAUCGAAGCAUUGCCCCACUUCAUGUUAUGAUGAGGAAGAGUACGUGAGUGUCUCUUUACCCAUGGACAGCCACAACUGGGAGCAUUCUCGGAGGAGGACUUGUGGCUCGGAGACCCCUCUAAAAAGCAGCAAAAGAGAUACAAGCGGCUCACCGGAUCUAACACAAUUUCCAACCCUCUUCUUGUUGGCUCAUUCUUUUGAUUCUCCUGAGAGUCAGUGCAUGACCCUUUCCUACCAUCGUUACAAGCAAAUAACCUGCGGAGGUUGAUAUCGAUGCCAACGACGACAGCACAUAUCCACAGACAUGGACGGGGCUUCCUUUUUCGAGCUGAGGCAGACAAAUAGCAUCAUCGCCUCUUAUUCCUUUCUCUUUCUUUUUCCCAUUCCAUUAGAAGAACACCGACUGCCAACUACUGUUCCACCUCAUGACGAUCGAGUGCAUGUAAGAGCAUAUAAAAAUGGUUUCUAGUAGCCAACAGUUUUCCUAUUUUAAUUCUUCUCUCGUUCCUUUGUGUUGGUCACGGAGAAAAGAAGAGAGAAGGUGGUGCAGUUGCCUUUAUUGGUCUCAGAGAAAUGGAGGGAGGGGGCAAGAGAAAGAUCUCCGACUCAAAGAGCAAGAGUGGGAGGGACAAAGGCUAAAGGGAGAGAACAGGAAGCAAAGAGGAGUCAGGCUCUCGAGGAAGCUUCUCUGUGGCGGAGCUUGGGAGGGAGGCAAAGGUGGUGGGGGGUGGGCAUUUAAAAUGCCAAAAGCCGGUGAGGUCGCGGUGGCCAUGGGAGGAGUGUUUUGAGGCUCCUUUUGCAGUGGAAAUCACCUGCGGGGACGAGACCAAAGCGCCUCUCGGAUACUGCGCCGUCUCAGUCUCCGAGAGAAGGGACAGCUUUGGCGUGUGGGGUAAAGCGUGAGCGAAAGAGAGAGACAGGGAAAAGAGAAGGAUUUGGGAUAAGAAAGUACGAUCAGGCACAGGGAAGCUUCGUCAUCUUUUACGAUGCGGUGGCUGCAGCGGAAGGCGGUGGUAGUCACGUUAAAGUUCUUCGUAGCAUCCAUGAAACAACCCAUGCGUUGGGAGGACGGAGGCUAAAACGAAAGCGAACAGUUCUUCCAAGUUGGCGAGUUGGUCCCAAUGCGCAAAAUUUCCAUCAAGACGAUGUAAUGUUGACCUCAACAAUGAUGAGAUCGCUCCUUUGACUCAUAAUUUAUAUUUAAAUAAAAAUAUAUGUUAUAUUAU